UUUGUCGCGGACGAUUUGGAUCCACUGAAUCAGGCCCAUCAUCAAUCAUCCUUUUAUCUCCCAAUAAUUCAUGAUCGAUCAAGUUUUUAUAAGCUUCACGUAUUCUCUUCACAACAUUCACUACAAUCUGAGAUCUGAUCUUUAGCCGUAGGAGACCAAUGACUGGAGCAGAGCAACUCCAAAGAUGGAGCCUUCGAGCCAAGACGGCACUUGUAACCGGUGGAACCAAAGGCAUUGGGCAUGCUGUGGUAGAGGAACUUGCAGGAUUUGGAGCCAUAAUACAUACUUGUGCCAGAGACGAACCUCAGCUUAACGAGUGUAUAAGCCAAUGGCAAAAGAAAGGGUUUCACGUCACGGGUUCAGUCUGUGACGUCACUUCUGGAACAGACAGAGAGAAGCUAAUGCAGAAUGUUUCAUCAAUGUUUGGCAGGAAGCUUGAUAUCCUUAUAAACAAUGUGGGAGCCAUUCGGUCAAAGCCAACAGUGGAACAUACAGCAGAUGAUUUCUCGUUUCAUAUUUCGACCAACUUAGAAUCUGCUUUUCAUUUGAGCCAGCUUUCACAUCCUCUGCUUAAGGCUUCAGGAUGUGGUAGCAUUGUGUUCAUGUCCUCUGUUGCUGGAGUUGUGUCGCUUAGCAUCAGCUCCAUCUACUGUGCAACUAAAGGGGCUAUAAAUCAGCUAGCAAGGAACUUGGCAUGUGAGUGGGCUAGCGAUGGAAUUAGGGCUAAUGCUGUGGCUCCUGCUGUCAUUGCAACUCCUCUGGCUAAAGCUGUAUACGAUGAUGACUUCAAGAAGGCUGUAACGUCUAGAAAGCCGUUAGGGCGUUUCGGGGAGCCUGAAGAGGUUGCUUCGCUCGUGGCUUUUCUAUGUAUGCCUGCAGCUUCUUAUAUAACUGGUCAGACCAUUUGUGUCGAUGGAGGUCUCUCUGUCAAUGGCUUCUCGUAUCAGCCACAUGAUUAAAAUCCAAUGCCCAAUAUAAAUUUAAACUUCAACUUUUUAUUAUUAAGUUUCAGUGUCUAGAGACAGAUUUUGUAUGUUCUGAUGUUCACUGUGUUUUUCGUUAUCAUCCUGGGCUAAGCACCCAUAUAUAACUCUAUAUAAGAGACUUUAAACUU